AGGAGCCGCCGCCGCCGCCAUGCAGAGCUGGAGUCGUGUCUGCUGAGCCCUCGCUCAGAGAGGCCACUUUAGCCGGAUCCAGCAUGGCUUACAAAGCAUUUCUGCAGGGCCUGUCAGAACUUACUCCGAUCAAGUUGAUGCCGAUGUGACAGUCAUCAGCUCUGGCCCAGGAGGAUAUGUUGCUGCUAUCAAAGCUGCCCAACUUGGCUUUAAGACCGUCUGAGUGGAGAAAAAUGAAACCCUCGGUGGGACCUGUUUGAAUGUUGGAUGCAUCCCUUCUAAGGCCUUGUUAAACAAUUCUCACCUGUACCAUUUGGCUCAUGGGAAAGACUUUGCUAGCAGGGGCAUUGAAAUUACAGGUCUCCGGUUGAAUUUAGAGAAAAUGAUGGAACAGAAAAGUGGAGCAGUGAAGGCUUUAACAGGAGGAAUCGCUCACCUGUUUAAACAAAACAAGGUAACACACGUGCCUGGCUUUGGAAAAAUAACUGGCAAAAACCAGGUCACCGCGACGAAAGAUGAUGGCAGCACUCAGGUUAUUAAUACGAAGAACAUCCUUAUCGCUACAGGUUCCGAAGUAACACCUUUCCAAGGAAUUACGAUUGAUGAAGACACCGUCGUAUCGUCCACUGGAGCACUGUCUUUGAAACAAGUUCCUGACAAAAUGGUGGUAAUUGGUGCAGGAGUGAUUGGCGUAGAACUGGGUUCAGUCUGGCAGUGUCUGGGUGCCGAUGUCACGGCGGUGGAAUUCUUGGGCCACGUCAGUGGAUUGGGUAUCGAUAUGGAGAUAUCCAAGAACUUCCAGCGCAUUCUCCAGAAACAAGGGCUUAAAUUUAAACUCAACACGAAAGUAACCGGCGCCACAAAGAAACCAGAUGGAAAGAUUGAUGUUGCAACUGAAGCCACAGCCGGUGGCAAAGCAGAAAUGAUGGCUUGUGAUGUUCUUUUGGUCUGUGUUGGUCGACGUCCCUUCACUAACAGUCUUGGUCUGGAACAUGUGGGAAUUGAACUAGAUAACCGUGGGAGGAUCCCCGUCAACAACAGGUUCCAAACCAAAGUUCCAAACAUUUAUGCAAUUGGGGACGUCGUGGCUGGCCCCAUGCUUGCUCACAAAGCCGAAGACGAAGGGAUCCUGUGCGUCGAGGGAAUGGCUGGAGGCGCGGUUCACAUCGACUACAACUGUGUGCCGUCCAUCAUUUACACCCACCCUGAAGUCGCCUGGGUUGGCAAAUCAGAAGAGCAGCUCAAGGAGGGAACAGAAUACAAGAUAGGUAAAUUCCCUUUUGCGGCUAACAGCAGAGCCAAGACCAACACUGACACAGAUGGCCUGGUGAAGAUCUUAAGUCACAAAACCACAGACCGGAUGCUGGGAGCGCAUAUUCUAGGCGCUGGUGCUGGUGAAAUGGUUAAUGAAGCCGCCCUAGCAAUGGAAUAUGGUGCAUCGUGCGAGGAUGUAGCCAGAGUUUUCCAUGCCCAUCCGACUGUAUCCGAAGCUUUCAGAGAAGCAAUAGCGGCUUCCUUUGGCAAAGUGAUCAACUUUUAAAGUGAAGGAACAUCCGUGGUGGUGUGUGAAAAGCACAUUUUCCCCCCACCCUGUGAAACUGACUGAAGAUUCGAUGGAAAAUCGAGUUUUUGCAAUACUCCCAGGCCUUAAUUAAGUGAACUUUUGUUCCAACCCCCCCCC